AUGGCGAAGCUAGAGCAAAUGCUGUUGGUGCCUCCUACGGGCGAAUCUUCUCAAGGCAACAUGCCUGCUGCAAAGCUCUUGGGGAUGAGAACCCACCAGAUGCCAGGAAAGCUCAAUGUCUCUGAGCUCUUCUUCGAAGUACCAAAGAACUACUCCAAAGCGCAAGAUGGCAGUCUACGCCUGUUUGCUAGAAGUGUGAAACGAUUUGAGAAGCCAGUAGACAUAAGUAAAACGGAGAUCAAGCAGCCUCCCUGGCUCCUCUUUCUGCAGGGUGGACCUGGCAUGCCUUGUAAAAGCCCGCAAUAUUACCCAUGGACCGACAUUCUUCUCGAUAAGGGGUAUCAGAUUCUAUUCUUAGAUCAGCGCGGCACUGGUUUGAGCAGCACAGUCACAGCGAGAACACUCGCAACUGAAGGUGGACCUGCAAAGCAAGCGGCAUCGCUCAAGAAUUUUAGAGCAGACAGCAUUGUCAUGGACUGCGAAGCAAUUCGCAAGAUUUUGACAGCGGAUUAUCCGGCAGAAAAGAAGAAAUGGACGAUCAUGGGCGUCAGCUUUGGUGGCUUCUGCUGCGGAACCUACCUUUCGAAUUUUCCUGAAGGACUCCAAGAAGUCUUCAUCAGUGCUGGUCUUCCCCCCUUGGUGAAAGACCCGGACAUAAUAUACAAAUACCAGUUCCGCAGGCUUGCCGAAAGGAACAAAGCGUACUAUGAGAAGUACAUCGAAGACAUUCACCGAGUCAAGGAUAUCAUCCGGUACAUCCAGAAAGAAAGCGUCAUACUACCGAGCGGUGGGAACUUUUCCGUGUUGCGAUUACGCCAGCUUGGAAGUUAUUUUGCAUUCCACGGCACCAUGGACAUUGUGCAUGAUAUGAUAUGCCGCUUGACGAGCGACUUAAAUCAAUUCGGCUUCUUCACUAGACCCACACUCGCAGCAUUUGAUGAAAUGAUGCCAUUCGAUACAAUGCCACUGUCUGCAUUGAUUCACGAGCCUAUAUAUGCGAGAGGGCAUCCAACCCGGUGGUCGGCAGAUCGUGUGAUGUCGCACAUCCCUGAAUUCCAGAGGGUCUCUGUGGACGGUCCAGAGCCAGUACUCUUCACCGGUGAGAUGGUCUUUCGAGACAUGUUCAAAGACUACGAUGAGCUUCGCAACCUGCAAGAGACAGCUGACCUACUUGCGCAUGCCGAGGACUGGCCAGAGCUAUAUGACGAAGCACAACUGGCCAAAAACGAAGUCCCCAUAUACUCGGCCGUCUAUGUUGACGACAUGUUGGUGCACUUCGAUCUCUCUAGGGACGCAGCUUCGAAGAUCAAGAAUUGCAAGACCUUUAUAACCAAUACUUUAUAUCAUGAGGCCCUGUUCUCUAAGAGCAAUGAGGUCAUGAAGCAACUGUUUGCUCUGAGGGACGAUACGAUUGAUUAG